AUGUCUUCUCUUCUGCCCGUGGCCGUCUUUGGCCUGGAGGUCCCUCCAGGAGAGGUCAUGAUUCCCGUUGCCGCUGACUUCCCUGCGACUAUUCGCAUCACCAUGGCUGCCGUCGAUCCCACUGAGGAUCCUGAGCCUGAUGAGGAUGGCAACGUCCCCAGCGUCCCUCGCUCCACUCUCCGAAUUGUCAAGCCCCGCAUGGGCGACCUCGACGAGGAUGACGAGGAUGACGACGAGUACCUCCAGGCCCUUCUUGCCAAUGGCGAUGACGACGAGGAGGACUCCGAUGAUGAGGAGGACGAGGAGGCCAACGGUGGCCCUAGCGACCCCGCCAAGUCCAAGAAGGCCCGUCAGGAGGCUGCCAUCCGCAAGCUCCUUGAGGCUACCCAGGACGAGGAUGAUGAGGAUGAGGAGAUGGAGGAUGAUGAGGCCCCCAACGGCACCAGCAAGAAGGGCAAGGGCCUUGCGCUGGACGACGAUGAUGAGGAGGACGAGGAUGAGGAUGAGGACGAGGACGAGGACGACAGCGACGACGAGGAUGGCCUCGAUCUGGAGCAGUUCGUCAUCUGCACUCUUGACACUGAGCGUCACUACCAACAAACCAUCGACAUCACCAUCCCCGAGAAUGAGAAGGCCUACUUUGUCGUCUCUGGUACUCACUCUGUCUACGUCACCGGUAACUAUGUUAUUGAUGAGGACGAGGAGACCGACUCCGAGGAUGAGGAUGACGACGAGUACGAUCUCCCCCCUGACAUGGAGGACCUGAUCGGCGACUCGGACAGCGAGGAUGAGCUUGAUGAGCUCGACCUCAUGGAGCGCGUCGAGGAGGUCGACACCGACGAGGAGGCCCCUCAGCUGGUCCAGUCUUCCAAGAAGGGCAAGAAGCGCUCCGCCGACGAGGCUGAGAACCUCGACGACAUGAUCGCCAAGGAGAGCAAGACCGACGAGACGAAGCUCAGCAAGAAGCAGCAGAAGAAGCUCAAGAACAACAAGGGCGAGGCUGUCGGCGUCGAGGAGCCCAAGAGCGCCAUCAAGGAGACCGCCGCGCCUUCCAAGACUGACAAGAAGGUGCAGUUCGCCAAAAACCUCGAGCUAGGUCCCACCGGCUCGGCUGAAAAGGCCAAGCAAGCUGACAAGGGCAAGAAGGCUACUACUGGUGUCAAGGUUGUCCAGGGUGUGACCAUCGACGACCGCAAGAUCGGUACCGGCCGCGCUGUCAAGUCUGGCGACCGCGUCAGCAUGCGCUACAUUGGCAAGCUCCAGGACGGCAAGGUCUUUGACUCCAACAAGAAGGGCACUCCUUUCUCCUUCAAGGUCGGCAAGGGUGAGGUCAUCAAGGGCUGGGAUAUCGGCAUCGCCGGCAUGGCCGUCGGCGGUGAGCGCCGCCUGACUAUCCCCGCCAACCUGGCCUACGGCAACAAGAAGCUCGAUGGCAUUCCCGCCAACAGCACUCUGAUCUUCGACGUCAAGCUGCUUGAGAUCAAGUAA